UGAUGUAUCGUAUAUGUGCACCUCAGAAGCAAGCAUCCGAGACACUACAUAGAAAUUACACUUCUUUUUCUCUUGUCAAGCAACUUCACUUUUACAUAGUUGUGGUACAAAUAGGUCCAUAAUUUUGGAUGUUUACGCGUUUAGUGAUCCCUGCACAAUCCAGCACAAAUGAUGUCUUCGUCGUUGUUGUUAGUUAUCACUGUAGUUUUGGCAUCUAUAACCAGCAGCUGCUGCAAAGCGGAUUCUCCAACAUUUUCUUCUUGCGGUAAUAUUGAUAACAUAAGCUGCCCCUUUUAUCUAAAAGAUCAACCAUUCAAAUGUCCUGAUUUCAGCUAUGAGCUUUCCUGCAGACAAAAUCUUACUAUUAUCAAACUUUUCUCAGAUGACUUCUAUGUGGAGGCUAUAAAUUACGUGAAUUCCACUAUCCGUAUCAUCGAUGCAGGGCUAGCUAGAAAUAAUUAUUCAUGUUCGUCCACUCCUCUCCAUAGAUUCUACAGUUUUGAUGGUUUUUUUACCCCGAUUAUGGAGUUGAAUAGGCCAAUAACUUAUAUAGAUUGUCCGGCUCCCGUGACGAAUCCCUACUCAACUCGAUAUUUUCUUACACCUCCCUGCUCAUUAUCAAUCUAUUCAUACAUCGUCAUUGGGUAUAUGAAUAUCUCAGAAAUGGAGAAUAAUUGCACAAUUCGUAAGGCAGCUUGGGUGUCAUCAGGGUGGCCUAAUAUUAAUAAAACAUCUUUCUUGGGUCCUCGUGAUAUGGUUUAUGGGAUGGAGUUUCGUUUCCAGUACUUCUCUUGCCUAAAGUGUCUUGGUACUCAAUCACAGUAUUGUCGGAGUGUGGUGACCGAAAAUCAAAUCAACAAAUGCCAAUCUGAUACUUUUAGUAUAUGGUCGUACGUGCGAUAUGCUUUGGAUUUGAUUCUUGUUUAUGCAGACUAUAUUGCAGGAAACCUAGGCAUGCGGAUCUACAAGGGCGACUAUAACGAUGUCUCAGUGCAAAAGUAUCUAGCAAUGUCAGUAGAGCUCCUCAUUCUGGUUGUUGCUGCAAGAUUUUUGUGCGGACUACCAUUUGUAUCCGCGUUCUUCGUAUAUAAAUCGAGGAGAAGACAUCUAUCAGUGUACGGCACCAUUGAAGAUUUCCUACAAGGACAAAAUAAUCUGAGACCUAUUAGGUACAAUUAUUCUCAGAUUAAGAAGCUCACUAAAGGAUUUAAUGAGAAACUUGGUGAAGGAGGUUUUGGUACUGUAUAUAAAGGAAAACUUCGAAGUGGCCUUGUUGUAGCUGUUAAAAUACUUAACAGCUCCAGGACUAGCGACGAAGAUUUCAUCAAUGAAGUUGGUACAAUCGGUAUGAUCCAUCAUGUUAACAUUGUGCGACUUGUUGGCUUCUGUGUCGAGGGUCCAAAACGUGCUCUCAUAUAUGAGUUCAUGCCUAACGGAUCUCUUGAUAAGUACAUUUUCACCGAAGGGAGAGGAACAUCCACUUUGAGCUGUGAAAAGAUUUAUGAGAUUUCCUGCAAGGUGGCCUGUGGCAUUGAGUAUCUACAUCGAGGCUGUGAUAUGCAAAUCUUGCAUUUUGAUAUUAAACCUCACAACAUUCUUCUAGAUGAAAAUUUCAAUCCCAAAAUUUCUGAUUUUGGUCUUGCAAAAUUACGCGCUACUGAUCAAAGUAUAGUGACAAUGACUGCGGCAAGGGGAACAAUGGGGUACAUGGCUCCAGAAUUGUUUUACAAAAAUAUUGGACGGGUUUCUUAUAAGGCAGAUAUUUAUAGUUUCGGAAUGUUGUUACUGGAAAUGGCGGGACAAAGAAAAAACCUAAAUCCAUUCGAGAAUCAGAUUAGCCAAAUUUACUUCCCUUCGUGGAUAUAUGACCAAAUUAGCCAAGGGAAGGAGAUUGAAAUGCGAGAGGUCACCGAAAAUGAAAAGGAGUUGGUUAAGAAGAUGAUUAUUGUGGCGAUGUGGUGCAUACAAAUGAAUCCAAGCGAGCGGCCUUCAAUGAACAGAGUGAUUGAAAUGCUUGAAGGUGAUGUUGAACUUUUGGUGAUCCCUCCUAAACCAUUGAUUUGUCCACAACGGGAAACGUUGAAUGAUGAUGAAGAACUUAUGCAGACCUCUCUGUACUGAUAAUGUGAUGCAAUGUUUCUCGAUAUGAUCAAGAAAAUGAUCAGCCUCCUCCGUCACUUUGAUCUGUUGAACUAAUAAAUUGUCAUACCAGUAGGCAAUAAUGCCUCCUUUUCAAUUUUUGUGUAAUGCUUGUUUGUAUUGUGACCUUUGUUUAGCUCAAUUAAACUAUAUAUCUAUAGUUUUUAAGUUUAUUUUAA